GGGAAAUAAAGAAGAGCACGCGGGGAAAACAGACAAACUCUACGUGGUUUAUUUUUCCCUACUUUUUUUAUUGUUAGAACGAUUGUCUUUAUGAAUAUUUACGCUUAUUGGAGAACUCUAUAAGUGGGUCGGAGAAACAAGGGAAAAGGGAUUUUUCUUCUUCCUUUCCUUCUUCUUCAGUCACUUUGUUUGGUGGUGUUACUGGACUGGGAUAUUAAAUAUAGGACACAUCCCGGAGUUUAUUGGAGCGCAGACUGAUGGCGCAAAGGUACGAUGAGCUGCCUCAUUACGGCGGGAUGGACGGAGUAGGGGUACCUGCUUCCAUGUAUGGAGACCCUCACGCCCCCAGGCCGAUCCCCCCAGUACACCAUUUGAACCACGGGCCGCCACUGCAUGCCAGCCAGCAUUAUGGAGCCCAUGCCCCGCACCCCAAUGUCAUGCCGGCCAGCAUGGGAUCGGCUGUCAAUGACGCCUUGAAGCGGGACAAGGAUGCAAUCUAUGGGCACCCGUUGUUCCCUCUGUUAGCUCUGGUCUUUGAAAAGUGCGAGCUCGCCACCUGCACUCCCCGAGAGCCUGGGGUGGCCGGCGGAGACGUCUGCUCCUCCGACUCCUUCAACGAGGACAUCGCCGUCUUCGCCAAACAGGUUCGGGCAGAAAAACCACUUUUUUCUUCAAAUCCAGAAUUGGAUAAUUUGAUGAUACAAGCGAUACAAGUCUUAAGGUUUCACCUUUUGGAAUUAGAAAAGGUUCAUGAAUUGUGUGAUAAUUUCUGCCAUCGGUACAUUAGCUGUCUGAAAGGCAAAAUGCCCAUAGACCUAGUUAUUGAUGAAAGAGAUGGCAGCUCCAAAUCUGACCAUGAAGAACUCUCAGGAUCAUCCACAAAUUUAGCUGACCAUAAUCCUUCCUCUUGGAGAGAUCAUGAUGACGCAACGUCAACGCACUCAGCAGGCACACCAGGGCCUUCCAGUGGGGGCCAUGCUUCCCAGAGUGGAGACAACAGCAGUGAGCAAGGGGAUGGUUUAGACAACAGUGUAGCGUCUCCCGGCACAGGUGAUGAUGAUGAUCCAGACAAGGAUAAAAAGCGUCAAAAGAAAAGAGGAAUCUUCCCCAAAGUAGCAACAAAUAUCAUGAGAGCGUGGCUUUUCCAACAUCUCACACAUCCGUAUCCUUCAGAGGAGCAGAAGAAACAGUUAGCUCAAGACACAGGACUUACAAUUCUACAAGUAAACAACUGGUUUAUUAAUGCCAGAAGAAGAAUAGUACAGCCUAUGAUUGACCAGUCAAAUCGAGCAGUGAGCCAAGGAGCAGCAUAUAGUCCAGAAGGUCAACCCAUGGGAAGCUUUGUAUUGGAUGGUCAGCAACAUAUGGGAAUCCGGCCUGCAGGACCUAUGAGUGGAAUGGGUAUGAAUAUGGGCAUGGAUGGGCAAUGGCACUACAUGUAACCUUCACCUUGUAAACCAAUCACAAAGCAAGGGGAAAGUUUGCAAGGCAUACCAGGGGACUACAUAUCUCAGGGUGGUCCUAUGGGUAUGAGUAUGACACAAUCAAGUUACACUCCUUCCCAGAUGACCCCUCACCCUACUCAAUUAGAACAUGGACCCCAAUCCAUUCAUAUUUGCCAAGUCACUCCAUCACCCAGCCAUGAUGAUGCAUGGAGGAUCCCUUACCCAUCCUGGAAUGACCAUUUCAGCACAGAGCC